CACCACCAGAAAACCAGAGCUGGUGAAUGUGAGUCCCAGCAGGGCUGCAGUGUUGCAGCUGCUCGGAGAGAUAAGGCGUGGGGACGUCAGAGCAGAGCUUUCGCUUGCACUGAAGCGAGGCCUGGACUGUGAGGAACCGGGUGAAGAGCGAUGAACUCUCUAGAACAAGCAGAAGAUCUGAAGGCUUUCGAGAGGAGACUAACGGAGUAUGUAUCCUGUCUGCAGCCAGCUACAGGCCGGUGGCGAAUGAUUUUGAUCGUGGUGUCAGUUUGCACAGCGACCGGAGCUUGGAACUGGUUAAUAGACCCAGACACUCAAAAGGUGUCCUUCUUUUCGUCUUUAUGGAAUCAUCCGUUUUUCACCAUCAGCUGCAUCACUCUCAUCGGCUUGUUCUUCGCUGGAAUACACAAACGCGUCGUCGCACCAUCGAUUAUUGCUGCACGCUGCCGGACAGUGCUAGCAGAAUACAACAUGUCGUGUGAUGAUACGGGGAAACUUAUCCUUAAGCCACGGCCUCACAUCCAGUAGCUGAUCUGGAGCUGAAUGUUUUUUUGUUUGUUUUUUUUCCUCCCCCCACCCGGUUUUGUUUGAAGAAUAUGAAUGCUACCGUUUUAAAAGCCUCCCCUGUACACACACACACACAGACACACACACACACACACACACACGUGCAGUUUUACUUUACAUCAUACAUUAAGUGUCUGUAUUUCUAAUGCUGUUCUUUUAUUGUGUACCCCGUGGGAAUCGUUUGCUAUUUUAAGCAAAUGGCUUAACACUGUAAUUAUUAAAUACACAGAUCUCUUUAAUUAGAGAACUUUAUACAUCUGAAAGAGACUCUGUUACGAUCAGUAGGUUUUGUACCAUAAAUAUCAUUGUAUAACUACACCUUUACAGAUAAGAGUCUUUUAAAUUGUAGAUAUGAUUCCCUGAAUUUGAUUUUAUGCAUGUAUACAUUAUUUAAGACCAGAUGUGCUGCUUUGUUUUCUAUAUUUGUAGGUUUUGAAAGAAUCUUUCUGAUAUCAAUAAUAAAAUGGCUUCCUUUUUUGUGAUAA